AUUUUCAUCUCGUAAAUAGUUAAAUAGGGUUUACAAUAAAUCUAAAUACCAUGUAGUUUAGAACGACGCGACGUAACCGCAACUGCAACAGACUUUCAUAUUUCAAAUAGGUACUUGAUGAGUGUUCAUUAAAUUUUAACUUCUAAAUUAAUAACUUUGUUAAUGAAAUUGAGAAAUAAAUACACUGAAUUAUGAUUUUAUCUAUGUUUCCUACUUAUAGAAGAAAGAAAUAGCUAUGUAGUAUGUAUGUAUAAUCCUUGCAUAUUUUGGACCCAUUCUUGGCAAAUGAAUGACCUAGUUUCUCCAUGCCAGAAGGGUGGGGUAAAAGUGGGUAGUUUUUUGAAAAUGUAUUUCGGCAACUUUCUACCGAUAGACGUCACAAAUCAAACUUUCUAAAUAAACGUAAACAUGGCGAGUGAUCCGGACGAUUUUGAUAAAAAUGUUGAAAAUUUGAAAAGCAACGUCAGAGCGUCAUUUGCGCGGGUGUAUGCAACUUUAAAAGCAAGGGAAUUAAAAACUUUACGACAAUUAGAUGCUAUACGUAAACAAUGCCAAGAUAACAAAGACUUGAAGAGGAAUUGUGUUCAAAAUAUUCAUAUAUGUUUCGAGAAAGAGUCCACGUUGUUAGAAAAUGUAAGUAAUUUCGGUGUUAUUGAUUUUGAGAAGCUUAACUUUGAUAGUAAUACGUUUACACUGGAGGAUUACGUUAGCCCCGAAGAUGACCACAUGUACUCUUAUAAAACUAUUGAGGAGGUAACUAAGGAGGUUGAAGAAGGAGAUAAUGACUUAGAGGCUAUUGAAGAGGCUGCCCUUAAGCAGAUUACAGCUACAGACAACUGUGUAUGUUAUGUAAAUAUAAAAUCCGAAGAGGUAUCCAAAAAGUUUAGAGAUUUAGAAAUUAGUGCGUCACCGGUUAAAGUAUGCGAGAGUAGUCGCAGUAGUUUCGAUAACAAUGAGGUUGAUUGUCCAGAGACUAUAACGGAAGACGACAAAAGUGACAGUUCAGAUCCUGAUGUUAAGAAAAUUGAUCCGACAGAUGAUUGGUUGAACUCCAUUAAAGGUCAGACUGAAACUGAGCCGUCACAAGUAACUGAUGUAAUGGAACACAGCACAAUAGCUUGUUUAUAGCAGAAUGUAGCAGUAGUAUUGAUAUGAAUUUACAUUUUACCAAUUAGAUAAUAUUGUAAUAAAGUUUUAUAUUUUGCAUAA